CAAUCCAGUAGCUCCUGGUAACACGUGGAGGAGAGGGGCUCAGGAGCUGAGCUGAGCACUCACUGCACUACUUACUGGUGCCCUGAUCUGGAAGAGGGGAGAGAAGGGACUGAUGUUGUGGGAUCCUGCAAACCCUAUAGGCUCACACACUCUCACAACCAGCAAUUCUGCAAUUCAGCUUUCCCUAUACCAGCAGCACACAGGACAUCAGACAGCAAGCAGGGCACAAACAUGAGCAACCAGUACCAGGAGGAGACAAAUGAAAGGCCGGAAUGUAAAAGUAAAUCUCCCACCUUGCUCUCCUCAUAUUGCAUAGACAGCAUUCUGGGCAGGAGAAGCCCCUGCAAAAUGAGACUGCUGAAUGCUCAGAGCUUACCCACUCUGACUAACAGAACUGACCAGGACAAAAGUUUGGAAGGUUCCCCAAAGAACAAUUGCUUUGAGACUGAAUUACAUCUACCUCCGAAAUUAAGGAGGCUGUAUGGUCCUGUGGGAGCAGCUGGCCGGCUGCACAUUCAGUCUCUGCCCGAUGCCAGGUCCGCAGUGCCCAGACCCGAUAAAGGUGAGAGGCUGCUGCUCCUUGGGGGUGCAGCAGAGAGCAGCUGGGACACCCACAACCUGAAGAUCAGCCAGGCCCCGCAGGUCAGCAUCAGCCGCAGCAAGUCCUACCGGGAGAAUAGCGCCCCCCUGCUGCGGGACGAGCACAGCCCUGACGGCCUACAGCAGCAGCAGCCUGGCUCUGCCGCCGCCUCCCUGCAGGACAGGCUGGGGGCACUGGUUCAGAGCCAGGGGGAUGAGGAUGAGGAGGACGAGGACGAGGAGGAGGAUGAGGAUGAAGAGGAAGAGGAUAUAACCGAUAAGCAGCACAGUAACAAUAAUAAUAAUAACACCACCACCAGCAGCAGCAGCCGGGGAAUCCUGAAGGAGCAGCAGCCCCCAUUCCAGCAGCAGCAGCCGGGGUGUGGGCCUGAUGGGGACAUGUCUCCUAAAGAGGAGCUUCUGCUCCACACCUCAGAUGGGGAUGUGAAAGAUGGGGAGGACAGUGUGUGCCUGUCAGCUGGCAGUGACUCAGAGGAGGGCAUGCUAAAGAGGAAGCAGCGGAGGUAUAGAACUACCUUUACCAGCUACCAGCUGGAAGAGCUGGAGAGGGCUUUUCAGAAGACUCACUACCCGGAUGUCUUCACCAGAGAGGAACUAGCGAUGCGCCUGGAUCUGACUGAAGCCAGGGUGCAGGUGUGGUUCCAAAAUCGAAGAGCAAAGUGGAGAAAGAGGGAAAAGGCCGGUGCCCAGACACAUGCCCCAGGCCUGCCUUUCCCAGGCCCUUUGUCAGGCAGCCACCCGCUAAGCCCAUACCUUGAUGCCAGUCCAUUCCCUCCCCACCACCAUGCCUUGGACUCAGCCUGGUCAGCCGCUGCUGCCGCUGCUGCUGCCGCCUUCCCCAGUCUACCUCCACCAGGAUCCACAGCAAUGCCACCCAGUGGGACCCCAUUAGGACUCAGCACCUUCUUGGGGGCAGCUGUGUUUCGACACCCAGCCUUCAUCAGCCCUGCGUUUGGCAGACUUUUCUCCACCAUGGCUCCUCUCACUAGUGCUUCCACCGCCGCUGCACUCCUUAGGCAGCCCAAUCCCGCUGCGGAAAGCGCAGCGCAGUCCGGCGGUUUGUCAGACCCAGCCACAGCUGCCGCAGACAGGCGGGCGUCCAGCAUAGCGGCUCUCAGGCUAAAGGCCAAAGAGCACGCCGCACAGCUCACACAACUCACCAUCCUGCCCGGGAGCAGCACAGGGAAAGAGGUCUGCUAAACCCAGAGCACCCCCUCCCCAACUACCCCACCAAGACCAAAUGCAAAGGAAGCAACACUAACCUGGACCAGUGACUAUUGGACUAUGCGUGCCCUGCAAGACAAACUAUACAGCAUCCUUGUAAUGCGUUAAUACAGUAAUAAUGAGUGUAAGAAACAUUAUGCAGCUCCCGAGCAGUAAACCCUGGUACUGUACGUCAUCAACUGCUAAUUCCCUGCUCAUUUCAGUGACAUCCUAGUAUGCGCAAAUUAGAGCAUUUAAGACACAAAAACGCAAUAUUUUUUUCUCCAUUUGGUAAUUCAUCAUUUCUAUUCCUAAAAUAUGACCCCCACCUAAAAAAAGAGUAUUCCUUACCAUAUUCCAGUGUUCUAAUCUCUAAUUUUUUUAAUUGAGAAAAAAUAUAUAAUUAUUAACCCCUUUACCUGCCAGAAUUGCUUAUAGAAGCACCAUCCUCUUGGUAGAAAUAAAGUGAAACUUUACGAGUUAAAACUCUGCUGCAUGGAGUAAAUUGAUAAGUAAAUACCUUUAGUUUCAUUAAAGUCAGUGCACUUAACAAGAGCUGUAUAUUCACUAUUGUUUUAUUUUGUUUAUCAAACACCAACCAAGGCUUUUUUUCUUGUUUGUUUUUAUUUUCAUACCAAACCAAAGGGAAACGAACUGUCAGAUUUAUGGACUGUUUAAGUCACUAAACUGUGAUUACUGAUUAUGUACAUAACAUUGUUAUAAAAAGAAAACAGAAAAAAAGGAAAAUAACUUUGUAUAUUUGAAAUGUUAUAAAAGAAUUGCACUCAG